CUGAACGCAGCCCUGGUCACGUGACCAGAAUGCUCCCGAAUAAAAUAACAGUGAGUGCGAAGGAAAGAUUGUAGUGAAGUCUCUCUCAGCAAGUUACCGUAUUUUAAUCACCCUCUCAUAUUCAUCGAAGUUCACUAAGGUUUGUGGAUGCAUUAAUAGGUCACAGGACGUCUUGGCAAAAAGGUAAAACUAUAUCAAUAAUUGUGUAGCAGCCUACUGAGCUUGUCAAUAACUUCACCAACGCGAUGCUAGGAAGUCACAUCGUCUAUAUUUUAUGAGUAGCCGUAGCAACACCUCGGAUUGAUGGACGCUGGAAUAUAACAUAACAUAUAACUGAAAUAAACAUUAUGAUGACAUGGCUAGCUAGUUGAUAUUCCACGCGCUGUUGAUUCCACCCUAUUCUAGCCAGAGAGCAAGGUUGAAGCUGGCUAGAAAGCAAUAAAACAGUUGGCUAACGUGAACGCGAUAUAAUAAUUUGGUGGGUGUUUAACUAGCUAUAGAUAUUUACCUUGCUCUCGAGAACCCAAUCCAUUCUGCCUUAUCCCAAGGAUUCUCAGCUAUAAGCACCGCCUACCGGUGGGACCAAGUGAACUACAAUCUCGACGCUCUGUUUUCACGUUUGAAACGUCAUUCAUCGCUUUUGAUAUCGUUUUCGAAACAUAAGUUCCAUAUCUUUCAUAUCGGCGAGAAAGUAUCUUUCAAAUAAAAAAGAUACACUUACUGUAGCAGAUUUCCAUACAUCUGUGUGCCUCCAGCCAACGAACUACACUUCCUCCCUAGUUACGUUUACACACAGGUGUUCGAGCACGCUAGAUAGCUAAUUGGCACAGGUGGUCGCCUGUCUUCUGUCUGUCUUCGUGAACAAGCGUUGUAACAUGGAAAUAUGGUUGUGUGGGAACAAUACCCUUAAUACAGGCAGCACAAAAUAAAUUGUUAAGCCAUAAAUAAUUUGCCUACUAGACAUUAUGGUCGUGUCAGGUUGAACUUUCCUGACAAGGGUGUAGCUGUAUCACUAAAAAUUGAAGACGUUUUACAGUGAGUUAAAAAAAUAUAUCUCUAGUAUCUUGUAUGUAUGUAUGUAUGUAUGUAUGUAUGUAUGUAUGUAUGUAUGUAUGUAUGUAUGUCAAACACAAGUUAAAUUCUUAGCCAACAUUAACUAGGAUGUAACCCUGGCACCUUUUUUUUGCUACAGCUGGCAUUAUGGCACAACCAAUACUUUCAAGCACUCAUUGCUCAAGAUUUGGUGUAGCUGGCAAUAGCCAUGUUUUUUUGGCUCUUAACUGAUGAUAGGUGAUGAAAGCCACUCAUAAAACAAGGGAAUCCCAGAUAAGUGUGCAGUCUAGUUUUGGAUAUGGGUCUCAAUAAUUCAGCCAGUGUCUCAAAUGUUGGACCACACUGUAAAAUUGGCCCAUCGACUAUAAACAUGAACUCUAAACAAAUAAAUAUAUUUGUUGUUAAUGUUGUCAUCCAUCCUUGUCUGCUAGUUGCCAUGAGCAGUGAGCUGAACGUGCCCAUGGGCUCCCCGGCCCCGGGGGGCUCAGAACAGAUGCCGGAGGGUGGAGGGAUGGACUACAGGGACUGGGUGCGCCGCAGCUACCUGGAGCUGGUCACCUCCAACCACCACUCUGUGCAGGCCCUGUCAUGGAGGAAGCUCUACCUGAGCCGGGCCAAGCUGAAAGCCUCCAGCCGCACCUCAGCCCUGCUCUCAGGCUUUGCUAUGGUGAGUCACCCCACUGUUUUCCAGGGAUAAUAAUCCCUUCAAAGUUGUUUUCAAGAUCAAUUUCCCUGGCAGCCUGUAUGUUGUAUCACUGGAAACAGACAUUUUUCAGAUAAACCUCUUGAGGAAAAAGCACACUCACUCCCAGGCUGCUAUUAAUAGCAUGUGAACCAGUCUGAAAAGUAGGCCGUUUUUAAAUGUAUGCUAGUAGCUAUCCCUUUCACUGUGCUGGUGGACUGUGAUUGUGAUAGUGAUGUGCUUGUGUCGUGCUAGGUGGCCAUGGUGGAGGUCCAGCUGGAGAUGCAGUACAACUACCCGCGCAUGCUCCUCAUCGCCUUUAGCGUGUGCACCACGGUGCUGGUGGCUGUACACCUAUUCGCGUUGCUCAUCAGCACCUGCAUCCUGCCGCACGUGGAGGCGGUCAGCAACAUCCACAACCUCAACUCGGUCAGUGAGUCGCCUCACGAGCGCAUGCACCACUACAUUGAGUUGGCCUGGGGCUUCUCCACCGCCCUGGGCAUCCUGCUCUUCCUGGCUGAGGUGGUGCUACUCUGCUGGAUCAAGUUCCUGCCCGUGGACUCUGGUGUCCCCAACCAGGUGGCUGUGGCGGCCGCCGAACUGGCACUAUCCAAGGUGAACUGUAGCGGCCCCGCCGUGCCGUCCACCACUCCGCCAGGGCACAGCGGCUGGCAGGCGGCCUUGGCCUCCACCAUCAUCAUGGUGCCGGUGGGGGUGAUCUUUGUGGUAUUCACCAUCCACUUCUACCGCUCGCUGGUGAGCCACAAGACAGAGCGCCACCAUCAGGAGAUUGAGGAACUGCACAAGAUUAAGGUGCAGUUGGAUGGGUGCGAGAGAGGCCUACAGGCAGUGUGAGCUCUUUAGCUCUUCUCUCUAUGCUCUUCUGUCCACUCAAUGCCUUCUCUCAUUGGCAUUGAGAAGCACCAAAAUUCCACUGAAUAAGUGGGAGGAUUACGAAUGUAUCCACGCUAAUUUGAAGUCAAAGAUUAGAGUAUGUUUGUUUUGGAAAAUAGUAUCUUGUCUCUGAGAGCAGUAGGAUCUGUUGUAUUGAGGUAAAUUAAAAAGGGACUUCUACAGAAUAUCUUGAGGGCUAUUUUGUUAUUUGUUCAUUUGUGCCAUCUCUCCACAUUUCAUAAAGGAAGUGGUGAAAACCGAAUAAGAUGUUAAACUUCACCUCAUGUGCUUGUUCUCACAAGGUGGUGUUAUUGUGCUCAUGCCAGGCUAUGUUUAACACAGAUCAUAGCUGUAAGCAGAUACAGAAGCGGGUGGAAACAACAGUCCAUUUAUUUUUGAAGUUGUUCAUGCUGCACCAAACAGUGUAAUGUUUCUCAGUAGGUGACAGCAACAGGAGCACACAUACAAAUGCUGUGUGUAGACAUGCUUUGGGGAGUAUGUUAUUUGAAUCUGCAUUAUAAUCCAUAUUUUAUAUAGAAAUCCCUCCCAGGCCUAUAAACUGUCUGUUAGUUCUUUAUGGUGUCAAAGAUGGUGAAUAGCUACGGUGCCUUGAUGUUAAGACUUGUAAUCUCCUCAUAUUAGUGAAGGACUGCUUGUAAAUGUAAAUACAGUCAACGGUGCCAGUUCUCUUGAAUAAAUAUUAUUUCUCUGCUUAAAGGAAGAUUAUUUUUUUAGAAAUGAAGAUAACAUUCCAAACAGAUUUUUCUGACCAAGAAUCUCCUUUCUUUCAAUGUGGUGGAAAAAUACAAAAAUGCAGUUGUAGUUUAGUUUGGAAGUUAGUGUUAAUACUGGUAUGUCAGGUGUCUGUGCAAUUCUUCAACCUACGCAUUGUUUUCUUCUUCAGGUCAUACUUAAUUGUUGUAAAUGUCCCCUCUGAAAAAAGUUUAUUUGACCAAACAAAAGGAUUGUAUGUUGAUGGGAAAACAAUGCUGUCAAUUUGUUAAAACAUUACUUAUUUUGGAUAUUAACAACCCAUGCUGUAUUGUGGUACAUUUACUGCUUUAUGUGCACUGUAGUCUAUUAAAGGUUCUGUGGAAUAGCAUGUCUUUUCAUAUCUUGUCAAUGAAUGUUCAAUAAAGACUCAUCUUAUUUUGUUAUUUCCAUGCC